GCCGCCGCGAUGCCCCUCGGAGACCGCGGCCGCGGUUGGCCUCUCCGCCGGCUUCGCUCCGCCUUGCGAGGGUCCGAAGCAGUCCUACAGAGGAUUCUGUCCCACAGAGGGGUUGUUGGAGCUAUGGUGAUAAGGGCAGAUGGCAUUCCACUUAAAACGAGCCUAAAUUACACUACAACAGUUCAAUAUGGAAGGCAUCUUCAUCACCUUAUAGAACUAGCAGGAUACGCUGUGAAAGAAUUUAAUCCUCAAGAUGCCCUAACUCUUCUGAGGAUUAGAACAGAGAAAUAUGAAAUCUUGGUGAUCCCAGAUAAUUUAAUAUUUCAAGCGACUUUUUGUAACUUUUAAAACAACUCACAUCCUUAUACAUUUGCCAUGAAGUGCUGUUUCGAACUAUAUCAGGCAGCUAUUCGGACCUAAGUCAAUCACAGCCAAAAAUCUUAAGUGAGACAUCUACCUUGGCUUUCGAUUCUGAUGGCUGGAUGAAGUGGAUGCAACAACGCUUACUUAAGACCUCUACAGUCCUUACAGUCCUCUAGACUGUAAAUGCUUGUUUCGGGCAGGGAACACGUAUUGUACUCUCCCAAGGGCUUAGUACAGAGCUCUAAACACAGAAAGCACUCAAUGAAUACCACUGAUUGAUUGGUAAAAUGGCACUCCGGCCCAGACCAUCUCCCUGAAACCUCGCUUGGCACAUAUCAUCUUUCUCCUCCAAACCAGUGGGGCGCAGUGGAAUCAGCACGGACCCAAGAGUCCGGUGACCCGGGUUCUAGUUCCGGUUCUGCCAUUUGUCUGUCGCGUGACCUUGGGUAAAUCACACUCACCUUCUCUGGGCCUCAAUUUUCCCGUACAUUCCCUGCUUGAAGUAUUUGUUCCACCCGAGCCGACCUCCAACCUGUGCUCUCAGCUCAGCUCACUCAUACCGUCCCUGAAACUGAGAGCUCCCUUCUCUCCCUGACCCCUGCCCUGAACUCCACCAGACCUUAAUCCUCCUCACCUCUGAAGGCCUCUUAAAAUCCCACCUUUUACAGCAAUACUUACCCAGGUAAUUAUCCCUAUCCUGAAUGUAGCAACCCAUCAUCUGCGUCUAGGGUUCUGUGUUUAUUUUUAGUCAACUGCCUUUACGAUGUAGGUAUUAUCCAUUGAAAAUGCAAUUCGUGUACGACUAAUAUUCUUAUAGAACAUUCACUUGAUUUAUUUUGAUUCCCCUGUCAGUCUCCUCCCCUAGAGUGUAAGCUUCUUGUGAGCAGGGAAGGUGGAAGAGAAGGAAGAGGAGACAGUAGAGCUGUGAGAAAGGGAAGGAAGAACUUUGCAAAGUUCAUGCCCAGUGGUUUCUAUUUUACCCUGAAAGAAGUUGGUGAUAUCAGCAGGACUUUGGGAGAGAGGCAGUGGGAGUACUGGAGGCUUCAAGAAGGAGUUGAAGUUGGCAAUAGUUGGUGAGGCUGCAGGCGUGGGGGUCAGUG